AAUGAACAUUUCAUCACUAGUCUAUGAAACGGAUGCAGAAAUUCAGAGAAUAUAUGAUGAUUUUAGUGUGCCUUUUUCUGAGUGUGUAACAUUUGAUACAGAAUUGCUGGAAAUUGUAGAUGCUGUUGAACAAAUGGAUUUUACAAAAAUCAACAAUGCAGAUGUUAAUGAAAUAUUUCCUGACCGUACUAAUUUGACAAGUCCCUGUGUAAGCAGAUUGGAGAUGCAGACACCAAAGAGACCUUGUAAAACAGAUUUAAAACGACAGCUGAAUUUUAACAGAAUUGAUGGCCCUACUGAUUGUGGGAGUGAUAAAAUACAACAGGCACCAAAAAGUGAUGUAACAUUGAAACCUAAAACAACAGUCGUUACGGCAAUAGUUCACAAGCAACCAGUAAAUAAGGUUCCCAAUGAAUGUGUAAAACAAGCACUAAAAGCCUCUACUACUGUCUCAUCACGCUCCAGAAGUAAACAAACACACCCCAUUUCAUCUGUGGCUUCUAGAAAAUCUAUAGCUGUAGAAGACAUCAUAACCACCAUUGAUGAUGAUGAAAAGUCUCCAACAGCAGUACCCACACAUUGCAGAGCCAAGGGUUUUUCUAACAAUCCAAAAAAAUCUUUGAAUUCUCUACAAUUACCAGGUUUGGGACAGAAAACACAACACACAAACACAACUAAGAAAUCAUGUGUUAAAAGAAAACCUAGUGAUGAGACUAGUGGAAAAAAGAAAUAAUUGUAAAGUAUUGUGCUUUUAAUUCUAAGUAAAUACAAAAUAACAAGAGACCCCCAACAAUUUGAACUCACCAGUAGUAGAGGCUUUUAGUGCUUGUUUUACACAUUCAUUGGGAACCUUAUUUACUGGUUGCUUGUGAACUAUUGCCGUAACGACUGUUGUUUUAGGUUUCAAUGUUACAUCUGUUAAAAUAAAAAAAUAUAUAAUUUAAAAAAAUAAAAUAAAAAAAAAAAUAGGAAUAGGUUUUAACGAACAUCACUCAUAGACUAACCACUUUUUGGUGCCUGUUGUAUUUUAUCACUCCCACAAUCAGUAGGGCCAUCAAUUCUGUUAAAAUUCAGCUGUCGUUUUAAAUCUGUUUUACAAGGUCUCUUUGGUGUCUGCAUCUCCAAUCUGCUUACACAGGGACUUGUCAAAUUAGUACGGUCAGGAAAUAUUUCAUUAACAUCUGCAUUGUUGAUUUUUGUAAAAUCUGUUAAAAUAGAGAUUAUAAUCACUAUUCACACUGAAAAGAAAACAGCUAAUUAAACACAUUUUCAUUUCCACAGGCUUACCCAUUUGUUCAACAGCAUCUACAAUUUCCAGCAAUUCUGUAUCAAAUGUUACACCUGUUAAAAUAUAUAUAUAUAUAUAUAUAUUUAUAUUUAAACUUGAACAAUUUCAGUUACAAAUGUAAAUAAAUUAAUUACUUACACUCAGAAAAAGGCACACUAAAAUCAUCAUAUAUUCUCUGAAUUUCUGCAUCCUUAAAAAAAUAAAUAAAAAAAUUAUAGCUUUUAAGGAUUUUGUGAUGUAAACAACAGUAGGAUAUAGACACAAAUACACAAUAUUAAAGACGUGUCACAAAUUGCUAGUAUUCUAUACAGACUGUAACUAAAGGUAUACCUCACUUUACAGCAAUCAUAGUGAUAUUGGGAGAAAAUUCACUAGCUUCAUUACUGUGGGAUCUGUGUCUUAGUGCUAUAGUCUGGCAAAUUUUACUACAGUAUUUGUCACUAUUUUACAGCUACAGUAUUUAUUGAAUGCUGUGCUGUGUUAGUGUUAAACUAAAUAUAGCACCAUGUUAAACUAAAUAUACCACUAUUGCACCC